AUGGCUACACUCGCGCUCGCCGCAAACAUCGCGAUGAUUGGAGGGCAUUUCGCCGAGAUGGUGCAAGUGUUCGUAUAUCCUCUAAUCACGCAUAUUCGCAAUCGCAUACGUCCUAGGGAUGGGGAAGAGCUGCAGAGGUGCCAACAGAAUUUAAGGGGUACAUUGGAUUUCCUAGAGGGAAUGGCACGGGAGGGUAUUCACAGCGAGAAGGACUGUGAAUACAUGGAGAAACUGGUGCACGAACACGGGGUGCUAGAUCAAGAGACAUUAGACCUCAGUGGAAUAAUUCGGAAGAACAGCUUGCAUCGAGAGGAUAACACGUGUUUUGAAACCGUCGGGAGUUUGGCACAUAAAGUCAAGCUGUUCCAGUUGAAGGUGCAGAUGUUUUCCAGCGAGAAGAGACGCGGAAGAAUAGUCUGUCUGAUGCAGGUACCAAGUCGGUUUCCUGCAAUUGAAGACCCGGAAAAGGGCUCAUUGUUGACAGCGGCUCCUCCUCCUCCCCACACCACGUCUUUGUUACCAGACUCCUCACUAAACGCGUCCGAUACUGUGCAUGUACUGGCACAGCCGCAGGCCAAGUUCUGUCCAGACGAUGCUGCCUCGCUGUGUGCAUCUACGGAAACAUCCCAUGGAUCACCUUCAACGGGUGGAAAGUUUGAAGAGGACGACGGCCUUGAACCAGAGAUGCUCAAUCCAGAAACAAUCAAAUUGUCGAGCCUUAGAGGCGUCAAGGAACUCAAUGAUCCGGAGUUAGAAGUAUGA